AGAAAAGAAUAAAUUAGUGUCACAGCAAACAGGAGUCCUGCUUGGUAACACACACAUUUCUUCAGAAAUGGGUGCUAUCUCCUACGGAACAAACAGUGAAAAGUUUAACAGCAAAGGCUAUGUAGCAGAUCCUGAGGACAAAACGCAGAAAUAUGUAGUGUGUGCCCACUUCAUGAAGACCUUCUGUUUGUGUCUGUUCAUGGUGGUUAUCACCUUCUCUCUGGGGCUGGCUGUGGUAACACUCUCCCCAAAAUUACAAGCCAUAAAGGAGAGGGGGCACAUGGAGAAGGCUGCUGAAAGGGUUCUAAACAUUAGUAACCCCACCCCGACCGAAUACAGCUACCUGAACCGCAUGCAAAGUUCAAAGAGAUUUGUGCUGCAGGGAGGAGUGGUCCAGUGGGCCAGGUACCGGGCAAACCCUGCACAUUAUGACACCAAGGAGGAGAGAGCAUUUGGCGAAAGCAUUCACUCAAAUGGUGCUCGCAUGACAGCUUCCACACUGGAGAUCAAACCUAAUGGCUGCAGAGUACCCCACUGGCAUUUCAACGCUAAUGAGCAUGGCUACCUAGCCAAGGGAACAAUGUGGAUCGGGAUCCUGGACUCCGCCCCGUUUGCUGUGACCUCGUACAACGUGACUGUAGGGCAGGUCAUCUUCCUGCCCCGGGCCACUCUGCACUGGAUGAAGUGUGUGGGACGGGACACUUGCCUCUUCAUCCUCUUCUUCACCACCAGCGAUGAAUUAGUCACACGUGAUGUGGAUGACGUGUUCUACGCCACACCCCAGGACAUUGCUGCACGUUCCCUGAAGCCAAAGGGUGGGAUUAACUUCAUUAAGUCCUUCAAGAAGCCGAAAGAAAACCAGGCUGUCAACCUCCCACCAAAUCUCAAUGAACUGGUGCACAAAGCCAGCUACACCAGGUCCAAGAUUAGCCAAGUGUCUAAGUACUUCUUCAAUUUGAAAGCGUCGAGGCAGUAUAAGUACCCAGGUGGGAUAAUACAAUGGGCUCGUUACACCAAGAAAAAGACUGGGCUGCCAUGGGUGGAAAGGAUUUUUGCCAAAUCUCUCAAUGAGCACGAAGACACAGUAACCAUGGCAACCAUGAGGAUCUUUACAAGAGGCAUGCGGCAGCCUCACUAUCACUUCAAUGCCCACACCAUGGGCUACGUGCUGCGCGGCUGCGGCAGGGUUGGUGUUGACAAUAAUGCGACCGAAUUCCAGAUCAGAAGCGGCGAUGUGUUCUUCUUCCCUCGUGGAAUCCAGCACUACAUUAAGAAUGUGGGCAAGGGAGACUUGUUCAUGGUCAUCGCCUUUAGCACUCACGAUGAGCUCCAAACAUUGGACAUGAACAUUUAUUUCCAGUCCACCGCAGACUUCAUUCUGGCACAGCUCUUCCUGAAGAAACAGGAGGAAUUCCACAAAAUUCCAACCUUCAAACAGGACCAGGAUAUCAACUUGCCUUAAACUAGCAGGCCCAGCCAUUCAUGUCAAAAAUCAUGCUUACACUUUUCAUUAAGAAGGACUGAGUCUGUAAUGUACAGCAUGUCCAAAUAAUCUUUUAUUGUUUAUCUUAUAAUGAAAUUUAAGAAAUCCAAAAAGUAUUAUUUAAUGCGAUCAAUUGCUCUUUCAAAAUGAAACCAUGCCUUGAUUUUAGGAAUUCUUCUUCUUUUUCUUCUUCUCUUUGUAUUUCAGUAAGUAAGACACUUCUUCAUCAAAAUUUAUAAAAUCAGAGUUGCUUAGUUUACUCACCUAGCCUUAUGCCUUUAAAAGCCUCAGUGAGCAGAAUCGGCUGCUUUCCAAAUGUGUUUGCACAGCUCACAGCAUACGUCUGUUAUGUGAGUUUAUAUAUGGCAUUCAGCAUUGUUUUGUUUAAAACAUAAUUUAAUAAAUAUCAUGCAUUUUUUGGCUUAA